UUUGAGUUUCACAGUAUUGAAAUCGUGGUGGUGGUUGUUGGUUGAAAUUCUGUUCUGCUUCCUCUUCAUAUUGCUGAGAGUGCGCUCUCUCUAGCUGUGUUUAAGUGCUGUCUGUGCUCCGCUCCGCUCAGCUCUGCUCUGCUGUGUAUAUUCCUAACGUAAGCAUCAAAGAGAGACAAAGGAUCCAUCGAUGUUGAUGCCACGUUAUUCCGAGCAGGAUAACCAUACCGAAAAUACCUUUGUUGGGAAGAACGGCCACGCCACCCACACCACAGUGGCCGCCCACACGAAAAUGCGUUUACUGAGCAAAGUGGAGCAAAACAUGCGACAGAAUCAACAAAAUCUGAAUCAGAAUCAGAAUCCUGGCCAAAGUCAAUGUAUCAACAAGUUAAUCAACACAGCUGCCACAGGCAAUGGACUUGUUGGCGAUGUGGAUGAACUUUUGACACCUAUGCGCUCUAAGGCUGAAUAUGUGGAUCGGGACUACAGUCCUAGCAAUGGCAGCAAGGAUUCCCAUUCACGGCCAGAGCGCAACCUGUGGAGUCGCGCCGAAAUGCUGGAGAUGCUCAACAUAAUGCAACAGAUGAAUGCCCUGGAUCAGCUCAAUGAUCGCAAUGUGAAAAGCGAGCACGUUUUCCGCCAGAUCGAGGAUGUUAUGCGCAGCAAGGGCUACGUGAAGAAGUCAAGCAUACAGAUCUGGACCAAGUGGAAGUUUCUCAAGUCAACGUACAACACAACAACACGUCACGGCAAUGGCAUACCCAAAGUUGUACCGGAGGAAGUGUAUCGCGUGCUCUGCCGUAUGCUGACUGAACAUGGCAGUGGAAGCCACUCUGGAAAUGGCAGCGGAAGUGGCAUUGGCAUUGGCAGCGAAUGUGGCAACUCCAUGGACAGCUCCAACGCGGAGUUGCACAAGACAAUCGCAGACGGCGAAGAUCCCAAGGAGGAACUGGGCGUGGAGCAUCCCAUUUUUGGAUUUCGUUUGGGAUUGGUCAAGCCAGAGCCUUUGGAUACGGGUUACGAGACGACACUGAACCAGGGUAACUCUUCGGAGCAGGAGAUUGACGCAGUGGAUUUUGUGCACGGCAGUGAUAGCAUGCCUGCCCAGACCCUGGAACACACGCCUUUUAUGGUGACUGUCAAGAGCGAGCCCGAGAUGGAUUUGGGCAUGGAUGGCACCAACACUCCGCCGCCAACGGCUCCGACUUCGCCCUCGCCACCGCCAAUUGGAUUGGAGCAACGUGAUAAUGGAGAUCGGAGUCAUUUGUACACAUCCCCAUCUCUGUCCACAUCUAUGCCGCCGCUGCGAGUUGCCGCCUUUGCAAAUGAUGCACGUCGAGUGACCUCCACUCCGACGCAUGGCGUUCUCCAGAUCGAGAGACCAGGACCGCUGCUUAGCAAGUCGAGUAUAGGUGCUAAUCCACCUGGCAAAGGGAAUCGCACGAUGCCGCUGCAAAGCACGAGCAGCAUUAAUUUUGUACAUCCCACAAGUAAAUUGAUGUUGCCACGAAAGCAGUUACCAUUGCGGAUUCCCAGGGAGAUCAGUUUGCAGCCAGCGAGUACGCGUCCGCUUAAAGCGGUGCCCAUACGAGAGACGGGCUACUCCCUACGUCCCGAUCGCAUGAUACCUGAUCUCGAGCAGUCCAUAUCGCCGCCACAAUCGCCUUCGCCUCCCAUGCACAGUCAGUCUGUGCCAAAGUUCAACAUUCCAUAUGCCUCAACCAGUCGCCAAGCGCAACAGUUUAAUGAGCAACUGCAUCCACUGCGUAAGCGGCGUCUGAAUUUCCAACAUCAGUCGACACCAGUGCCUGUCAAGCUGCAACGUAGCUCCGGACCCUAUGAGCAUAAACACCACGGCAGUAUUCCAAAACAUGAUGUGAACUCUGGGGAAGAGCAUAGAAUGAAGGUAGUUGCUGAGGAAACACAGCGUCGCAAACAGCAGCAGGAGGAAAUCUUUAAGAAGGAACUUGGUGAACUGGCAAGCGCCAUGCGUGAUGCCCAGAAAGAGAUGCUUGAGGAUUUCUUCCAGCGACAGAAGCAAUUGGCGCGACGGGAACAUGAAUUCCAGCUGAGGCAAGAUAAUUUGGUAAUGAGUGCCCUGCGGAAACAAACGAAUGCACUGCUCCAAACAGCUCGUCAACUUAUAAAGCCUGAGGAAAAGGAUGUGGCGGAACCACAACAGAAUCAGCAUCAGGAACAGCAGCUGCAGAGGGAAACGAAGACUAAUACUAGCAAUGAGUUGGUAGACGAUGCAUCAGAUCAUGAGGAGCAUGAUCAGGAAAUGGAAGAGGAUUAUGAUGAGGAUGAGGAUGACACACAAUACAGUGAGGAAGGCAAUCAGAGCGAAUCAGCGAUGGUUAUAUCUUCGUUAGCUCUCAGCGAAGAUGCCUCAAGUCACAGCGAAAUUCCGAGCGAUAGACAAUUAUCUUAAGUUCAAGUAUUAUCACAAAAAGCUACAAAUAUUGUUAUUUCCUCCCAUCCUAAAAACCACAAGCAUUCCAAACACAUUCCUUAAUUUUGAAAAAAAAGACAAGCAAAGAAAGAGAAAAUAUAUAUAUAAAUAUUCCUAAAGCAAAGGCCCACAUUGUUAAAAGACUUGAUUAUAUUUAAGCAUUAAGAAAUGUCUAAACUAUAAACUAAAAACAAAUUGUAUUUAUUGUUCUUUUAGUCCCCUUGGGGAUUAUCUUCAUCGCUUCUGCUAUAAGGCUAUUGAAACAUCCAAUUGUAUACAUACAUAACAUUAGUGAUAUUUAAGCAAUAUCAAAAUGGAAACCGUAAAAAUAUAUUAAAGGCUUUCAUUAUGAAGCCAUUUAUUUAGUGAA